AUGAAGAUAUCGGUGCCGUGGGCUCGGAGGACACCAUCAGAACUGAUUCUUCUCUCUGCUGCCCUGGGCUGCCUUGGUUUGCCCGGCUCCAGAGGUGAAAGGCCACAGUCUCUUGAGUCAAAUGCAGUCAAUGAGAGCCUCGCCAAGAGCAGACACACACGGAAUGUGGAUGUCUCACUGAUGCCUAUUGAUUGUGAACUUUCCAGCUGGUCCUCCUGGACCACGUGUGAUCCCUGUCAGAAGAAAAGGUACAGACAUGCCUACUUGCUCCGGCCCUCUCAGUUCAAUGGGGAACCAUGUAACUUCUCUGACAAGGAAGUUGAAGACUGUGUUACCAGCAGACCAUGCAGAAGUCAAGUGCAAUGUGAAGGCUUUGUGUGUGCACAGACAGGGAGGUGUGUAAACCGCAGGCUUCUCUGCAACGGGGACAACGACUGUGGAGACCAGUCAGAUGAAGCCAACUGUAGGAGGAUUUAUAAAAAAUGUCAGCAUGAAAUGGACCAGUACUGGGCAAUUGGCCGUCUGGCCAGUGGGAUCAAUCUGUUCACAAACAGCUUCGAGGGCCCCGUCCUCGAUCACAGGUAUUACGCCGGUGGAUGCUCCCCCCAUUACAUACUGAACACGAGAUUUAGGAAGCCAUACAAUGUGGAAAGCUACACCCCACAGACCCAAGGCAAAUACGAAUUUGUGCUGACAGAAUAUGAGUCGUACUCAGAUUUUGAACGUAGCAUCACGGAGAGAGGAAAAAGCAUGUCUAGUUCCGGCUUUGGUUUAAAAAUACCUGGAAUAUUUGAAGUUGGCAUUAGCAGCGCAAGUGCUAACGGCAAACAUUUUAUUCGCAGAAUCAAACGAUUCUCUCACACCAAAAGCACAUUUCUGCACGCGCGCUCUGACCUUGAAGUAGCACGUUACAAGCUGAAGCCCAGAAGCCUCAUGCUCCAUUACGAACUCCUUCAGAGAGUCAAGCUGCUGCCCCUGGAGUACAGUUACGGGGAGUACAGAGAUCUCUUCCGUGAUUUCGGGACCCACUACAUCACAGAGGCCGUGCUGGGGGGCAUUUACGAAUACACACUCAUUAUGAACAAAGAGGCCAUGGAGAGAGCAGAUUACUCCCUUAAGGACGUCCAAGCCUGUGCCAAGAAUGAUUUCAAAAUCGGUGCUGCCAUCGAGGAGGUCUAUGUCAGUCUGGGUGUGUCCGUGGGCACAUGCCAGGGUAUUCUGAGGGAAAUAAAAGACAGAAACAAGAGAGACACCAUGGUGGAUGACUUGGUGGUCCUUGUGCGAGGAGGGGCAAGUGAGCACAUCACCGCCCUGGCGUAUAAGGAGCUGCCGACCGCGGACCUGAUGCAGGAGUGGGGAGACGCCGUGCAGUACAACCCAGACAUCAUCAAAAUUAAGGCAGAGCCUCUGUAUGAACUGGUGACGGCCACAGACUUCGCCUACUCCAGCACAGUAAGGCAAAACAUGAAGCGGGCCCUGGAGGAGUUUCAGAAGGAAGUCAGCUCUUGCCACUGUGCUCCUUGCCAAGGGAAUGGAGUUCCUGUCCUGAAAGAAUCCCGCUGUGAGUGCAUCUGUCCUGUCGGAUUCCAGGGCCCAGCCUGCGAGGUCACCUAUGAGAAAAAUGUCCCCAUUGAUGGGAAAUGGAAUUGCUGGUCAGACUGGUCUCCGUGUUCUGGAGGACAGAAAACGAGACAAAGGCAGUGUAACCAUCCACCUCCUCAGAAUGGAGGCAGCCCCUGCGUGGGCCCUGCUUCAGAAACACUUAACUGUUAA